CCACAACAACCUGAAAGUCCGAGAAGGGAAGAGGAGUAUGUGGAUCUUCAUACUAAAGAGCCUCAAAAAGAUUUGCUGCAGAGGAAUAUUACUUUAGAAGGAGAAACUUUUCAUGUGGAAAACUUGGGUACACAGAUAACUGAAGAAUGGAGAUCUAGAGGAAUACAAUGUGAGUCUUCAGGAACAACAGAUGAAGAAAAAUGCAACCAGCUCAUUGGUCAAGAUCUGAGAGAAGAUGAUGAAACAAGUCAGUGUUCCAAAACAAAACCUGAUAAUCUGAAGGAAGUUAUUUCGAGUGAUACAGCAGAAGAAACUGACGUAAAGCAUACACCUCCUAAAAGAACUGUGGAAGAAAAAGAUGAAUUUAGCAUUGAACAGGAAAUGUCUGAAAAGGAGAAGCAUGAUCUAGAAUCAAAUGAAAAUUCUCCAGAGGAAAAUCAACCUGUAGUAGUGAAACGAAAAAGGGGGAGGCCUCGUAAAUACCCACUUGAAGCUGUACAGCCUGGUGGUGGGGAGUCAAAAGCUGAUAUGAGCACUGGGAAUUUGCAGUUUCCUAUAUUUGCAAGUAGAGGAAAACCACCUCAAACAGGUACAGACAUAUCUAAUAAAGAAACAACAAAUGAAGAUGAAGCCGAGAAAGCAGAAAUGAUUGUGCGUAAAAGGGGAAGAAAGCCCAAGCGCUCUCCGCUUCAAUCAGAGGAAACCGAAACCCUGGAGCCAGAACGAAAACGUCGGAAAUUAACGUCUUCCGAAGACGAGCUAAAAGAGCAGGAGGAGGGUGAGGAAGAUGAUGGUGAGGAAGAUGAUGAUGAAUCACAUUCUGGGGCCACAACUAGAUCAGCCACAAGAUUAGAGGCUCAAAGAAAGCAGCCCAGCAAGCCAACCACACGUGCAACUUCUAAAAGUGGCAGCCCAAGUUCAGUUUCUCCUAGAAAACGACAGAACCUGGUAGCAAAGAAAAGAUCUCCAGGUGAUACGAAAAUUAAUAAAUCUCCUCCAUUGACACAGUUAAAGGUGCAGUCUGCCAAGCGUAAAAGGGAAGAGGACAGCCCAACAGUGGUACGGAGAAAAGGCCAGCAGAAAACAGAGGAGACACCAGUAAAGAAAGCAAAACGAUAGUCUUCACCAGCUAGUGCUGUUCAUGGAAGAGUCAGAAGUAAAAAAAAUAAAAAAGUCUGUGCUUCUAUUAUUUUUUUUUUAAAGCAAAGGGAUUUGCACGUGCUUGUUUCAGAGCUCUGAGUUAAUCAAUGCAGUACUUUUAAGUUACAUUUUAAACAGCUUUAUAAACUAUUGUUUAUACAGAAUAUUAUGUAAAUUUAUUUCAGAUGAAAAAUAAGUUUACUUUGUAUCUGAAUGAAAAACAAAGUAGUUAUAUAUUUUAUCACUGACUUGGAAAGUUGGGGUUUCCCAAUGUGACAUGCUAAUGCAGAUGCUUCCAACCCAUAAGGCACCCCUGGGCCUACUAAUACACUUUGUAUAUAAACUUGUAAAAAUAGGUUGUAUUUUACUCUGUGUAUGAAUCUAAUCAAUGAUGGACAUUUUAUUUAUUAUAUGGAAAGCAUUGGUCUGUAAACUUUAGUAUAUACCUUAGGGUUUUUUUAAUUAUAUGUUUUACAUUCUAUGCAGAUGUCAGUAGGAAACUUCCCCUCUGCUCCCCCAGGGCUAUCUAAAACCUGAAGUUCUCCAAAAUACGCUCAGACAG